AUGCGCCCAGAAGACAUCAAGGAGGCCUUUGCUCUCUUCGACCCCCAGAACACCGGUAGAAUCGAGCCUUCGGUCUUCCAAAACUUCCUCAAUACUUUGGGCGACGAAGAGCUCAAGCAGUCCAUUCGUAUCCCUAACCAUGCCAUUGACCUCAAGGAGUUCACCGAUCUCAUGAACCGCUACAACAACGACACCACCAAGGACCCUGAAGAGCCCUACCGUCGUGCUUUCCAGUCCAUCAACCGCGAUGGCUCUGGCGCCAUCUCCUCGCAGGAGCUCCGUGCUGCUAUCCAGUCCUUAUUAGGACCUAACGUUCUCUCUGAGGCCGACAUCGAUGAGAUCAUCACGGAGGGAGACGUCUCGGGUGACGGUCGAAUCACUCUGGAGGAAUUCUUGAAGAUCAUGCAGAAGAGUGAGAAGAAGCACCGCGGUGAGCACGUCUUGUAA